AGCACAAAUGUCUGAAAGCGUUCAAUAAAAACACUCCUGAGACUUUCCAAAGCAUUGAACUACUUUAAACCAUUGCAUGCCCUCUGAUUAAAAGCACGUUUUAACCAUUUAAGACCCAUUUUUCCACGCGUGGAGCUCCAGGCGGUCUUCUCUUUUUUUCCCUCUGCUCGAGCUGUCGUCAUGAGCUCUCUCUCAGUGAUGGGUUGUCCCAUCUGAGUCCAGUCCACUUCAGUCCAUCAGAACUCUGCAGAAACUCUCGGUGUCCUUCAGUCUGGAGUUUGAGAGCCGCUCGCAAUGCUCCGCAGGUCCGUGCAACUUUCUCCAGCACACCGUUCCUCAUGAACCUCGUCCAGGAGGAAAGUUUCCAGUGUACUUCCAGAAGAAAACUCUCGUGCAUUGGCUCUCACCGCCACAGCUAUGGAUUAUAUAUAUCUAAUCAUGUACUGUACGAUAAACCUCUUAUUUAUGGACUAUAGGCAUGCUGCAAAAUCUCAUGGGAGUCCCUCCGGUAAACUGAGUGAAUUCGGUCUGAUAGUCCCGUUCAGCACUGACGCGCGGGGCCGGUUCGUUUCUCACGUGCUUUCCGCGAGAGCGUCACCGACCGGCAGGAAACGGGUCCCGCGCGACGCCCCCGUUACGCCUCACACGGCCCUGAACGCGCAACAGCUGUUCUUCAACGUCACAGUGUUUGGAAAAGAGCUGCACUUGCGCCUGAGGGCCAACAGGAGACUCGUGGCCCCUGGAGCUUUUGUUCAGUGGCAGGAGGAUUUUGAGGAACAGGCCAAAGAGCGGAUCCUGGGAGACUGCGUGUUUACCGGGGAUGUAACGGAUGUACCGAGGGCCUCGGUGGCCAUCAGUAACUGUGAUGGACUGGCCGGCUUGAUUCGCACGGAUGAGGAAGAGUUCUUCAUCGAGCCGCUGGAGAAAGGUCAGCAGGAGGUGGAGGUCAAAGGUCGCGUCCAUGUGGUCUACCGGAGGUCGGCCAUCAAAAGGGACAAGGACCAGAGGCGAGAUGACCUUCACAAUGAAGUCACAGACUUUGGUAUCGGCGAGCUGCCCAACGCUCUCAACAUGUUGGAGGAGAAACUGUCGGAGACGGAGCGCAAACGCAGACACGCCAAGAAAGACGACUACAACAUCGAGGUGCUGCUCGCCGUGGACGACUCGGUCGUGCGCUUCCACGGAAAAGAGCACGUGCAGAACUACGUCUUGACGCUGAUGAACAUCGUUGAUGAAAUCUAUCACGACGAGUCUCUGGGAACCAACAUCAACAUUGUUCUGGUCCGAAUGAUCCUGGUGGGAUAUCGUCAGUCCAUCAGCCUGAUUGAGCGUGGGAACCCGUCCCGGAGUCUGGAGCAGGUUUGUCGCUGGGCAAACACCCAGCAGAGGCUCGACCCCGAGCACGCCGAGCAUCACGACCAUGCUAUCUUCCUCACCAGGCAAGAUUUUGGCCCCGCAGGUAUGCAAGGUUACGCCCCGGUAACAGGCAUGUGCCACCCCCUGCGGAGCUGCACGCUCAACCACGAAGACGGCUUUUCCUCUGCCUUUGUGGUGGCGCACGAAACCGGACACGUGCUGGGAAUGGAGCAUGAUGGCCAGGGGAACCGCUGCUCGGACGAGACCAGUAUGGGCAGCAUCAUGGCUCCACUGGUCCAGGCCGCGUUUCAUCGCUACCAUUGGUCCCGCUGCAGCAAACAGGAGCUCAACCGUUACAUCCACUCAUACGACUGUCUUCUGGAUGAUCCCUUCGAGCUGAAAUGGCCCAAACUAACAGAGCUUCCUGGGAUAAAUUACUCCAUGGAUGAGCAGUGCCGCUUUGAUUUCGGUGUGGGGUAUAAGAUGUGCACCGCCUUCCGUACGUAUGACCCGUGUAAGCAGCUGUGGUGCAGUCAUCCUGACAAUCAGUACUUCUGUAAGACCAAGAAGGGCCCACCGGUUGAUGGGACGGAGUGUGCCCCGGGAAAGUGGUGUUUUAAGGGCCACUGCAUCUGGAGGUCAUCCAAUCAGCCCUACGGUCACGACGGAGGAUGGAGCUCCUGGGGAAAGUUCGGCUCGUGUUCUCGUACCUGUGGAGGAGGCGUUCGGUCCCGCAGCCGCCAGUGCAACAACCCAAUGCCUGCAUACGGAGGUCGUGAUUGUCCCGGUACAACGUUCGAUUAUCAGGUGUGUAACACAGAGGACUGUCCCGGUCCAUACGAGGACUUCAGAGCACAGCAGUGUGUCCAGCGCAGCAACAAAUACCACAAUAACAUCAAACACACGUGGCUGCCAUACGAACACCCUGAUGAGGCUCAUAAGUGUGAGUUGAGCUGCCGCUCUAAAGAGACGGGUGAAGUCGUGUUCAUGAACCAGGUGAUGCAUGAUGGGACACGCUGCAGUUACACGGAUUCGUUCAGCGUCUGCGCUCGAGGAGAGUGUCUGAACGUCGGCUGUGAUAAAGAGGUGGGAUCGUACAAACAGGAGGAUAAAUGCGGCGUCUGCGAGGGCGACAACUCACACUGCCGAACCGUCAAACUCACGCUCACCAAAACCCCGAAGAAGACAGGUUUGCUGAAGAUGUUUGAUAUUCCUGCUGGUGCUCGGCACAUUGUGAUCGAGGAGAACGAAACGUCGCCUCACGUAAUUGCCGUUAAAAAUCAAGUCACGGGAAGUUUCAUCUUGAACGCCAAGGGAGAAGAAAUCACAUCCAAAGCUUUCAUUGAGAACGGCCUGGAGUGGGAAUAUUCCCUGGCAAACGGCAAAGAGUCGCUGAAGACGGUCGGGCCGCUGCACGAAGGCAUCGUGGUGCUGAUCGUCCCGCAGGCAGAGGACACCAAGAUCAGUCUGAGCUACAAAUACAUCAUUCAUGAAGAUCUUCUGCCGGUCAUCACUAACAACAACGUGCUGCUGGCCGAACUGGACACGUACGAAUGGGCGCUGAAGAGCUGGUCGCAGUGCUCCAAACCCUGCGGUGGAGGUGUCCAGUACACUAAAUACGGCUGUCGGAGGAAGAGCGACGGGCGUCUGAUUCAGAGGAACUUCUGCGACAUCAGUAAAAAGCCCAAACCCAUCCGUAAACGCUGCAACACCAACAGCUGCAGCCAGCCCACGUGGGUACUGGAGGAGUGGGGUCCGUGCAGUAAGUCCUGCGGGAAGCAGGGAUAUCAGUCUCGUGUGGUCCAGUGCAUGCAGCCGCUCCAGAACGGCACCAACAGACCCGUUCAGACUAAAUACUGCAGCGAGGAGCGUCCUGAGACCCGCAGAGCCUGUAACAGCAGCACCUGCCCGUCUCAGUGGAGGACCGGAGCCUGGUCACAGUGUUCGGUGAGCUGCGGUGAAGGGAUCCAGCAGCGUCAGGUCAUCUGCUCCGGACAGUGUGAUGCAAACAAACCCGAAUCCGUGUCCGUCUGCAAGCUUCCUCCCUGCACAGGAAAUGUGUCUCUGUGGUGUUUUUCCCCAGGAGAACCGUCUUUACCCAGUCCCACUAAAGAUUCCCUGGAGAAUUUGACCACUGAGAAGGAGAAACUACCGGAAAACACUCUGGAUAAAGUCUCUAACGAGCCGUGUUUGGGUGAUAAGUCCAUCUUCUGUCAGAUGGAGGUUCUGGCGCGUUACUGCUCCAUCCCGGGAUAUCAGAAGCUCUGCUGCGAAUCCUGUAACAGGAAGUUGGGUUUCAGUACGGUUUCUCCAGACGUUCAUCCUCCCUUCUCUUGGCUCCCGGAUUUCACUUUCCCUCAUCUACUUCAAACGAAUCCCGCCCCGACACAACAGAUGCAGCCUCAGACGUCUGUAUCUCCAUCUACACACAUAUUUAGACCACGACCCACUUCCUCGAGCCCGAAAGCGGACGGGAGCACGUCUCAUCCGGAGCUCGUCACCUCACUUCUACCUCCAGACGCACUCCAGAGCCAGAGCACCACUGUGGACUCGCCGGUCACAUGAUCGCCGACCAAUCAGACAGCAGCUAGCGGUUACCUCAGAACGAACUACGUUACCCACAAUCCUCUGCUCCGUGUGUUGAAAAUGGUGAAAGGUGCUGUUCUUGAAACGCAGUGGCCGUCAGUGUGUGUGUUCAGGACUACUCUUCACUUUUUAGCGUGUUUGUGGCUGUAGCACGUCGUUAUUCGCUAUUCGUUAUUUUGAGUCUAGCUGCGUACGUUUGCUUUGUAACUCUGACGUAGUUUUGUGAUUGACUUUAGCAGAGUUUUUGUUGGAGAUUCAAUGUGAAAAUAUUACCAAAAUGUGCAGCAUGUGACAGAGCACACAAUUUUAAUACACCGCUUAUCGAAAACUAUUACAAAUCGUUUUUGGAAAUUAAGUAAAAUAAAUAGUAGCUUCGUAAAAUCAUUAGAAGAAAUGUUGUCCUGGCAAUUAACUAAAAUAUUUUUAGGUACUAAAAAUUUACAAUGAAAAAAAAUAAAGAUAUAUAUAUAUAUAUAUA